AUGGCCUUGAAAACCCUUGUGUUUGUUUGCUUCUUGGUUGCUGCAAUGGCAUUGGUAGUGCCAAUGGCUGAAGCCCAGUUUGGUGGGCUUAUCGGCAACCUCCUUGGAUUGAUUCGAGUUACAGGCACUGUCUUUUGCACUGCCGAUGGCAACAUGGGUGAAAAUGGCACUGCAACCCCAGUUUUCCCUAAUGCCCUGGUGCAGCUGCAGUGUGGAGGGAAUGUGGUUUUCAGUGCAACAACUAAUGGAUCUGGUAUAUUUUCAAUCCUGUUGGAUCCAUUGCAAUUUCUUCUCCCUUCACUGCUCAACAACUGCAACUUAGCAGUGAAAACUCCUCUCUCCAAUUGCAACGCCACGCUUCCAUCUGUUGGGGGAUUGUUUUCUUCCUUACAGGUUCUAGGAAACACCCUUGUUGGUCUCCUAAAUAUCGCCAACAUUAUCCCUACAAGAUUUCGGCUCUUACCAUGA